AUACUUGAUAGUCGAAGACGAGAAUCGGCAAUAAAACCCUAAAUCCCAACCUGUCCUUUCUCGCUAAGACGACGAUCUUCAGAAUUCACAGAACUGCUUGGGCUUGACAGAUAAGGUCACCCGUCCAACUCGCCGGUAUUCAGAUGGCGAGGAAAAAGCAUAUGACUGUUAGUGAAUCUUCUCUGAAUGUUGAUCUGAAGUCUAUCAUCCAUGAGAAUUCCUUGUUCUUCGACAAGCUGGUUGAGCUUAUACCUGCAAGGUUCUAUCUGCCAACUGAUGACAAAGACAAGCCAUGGUUUGCAGGUCUUAGCAAGAAUGAAAAGGCUUUGGCCAAGAAGGAAUCAAGAGAGAACAUCAAGAAGGCUAGAAGAGAACGACUUGACCCAGAGAAGUCUUCUGCCUCAACUCUUGAUUUGCUAAAGCAAAACCUUGAAAAAGAGAAGUCAAAGGAUGAGAAUAAUGAAGAUGAAACUGAGAUUAAACCUGUGACAUCUGGUCUGGAAGAUAAUGAUCGAUCUGUGACAUAUGAAGAACUGCGGGAACGACUGCAUCGCAAAAUUGAAGAGCUUCGAGGUGGUAGAAAUAGUGGAAGCUCUGAUGGAAAAAAGAGGAAAAAUGAGACCAAAGAUAUUCGGCAAAGUAAACGGAAAAGGGACUCUGGGUCUGAUGAAAAGAAGCCUACAACUAGUGUCUCAGAGGACAAAAUGGAAAAGGAUGUGGAUGAAGCUGCAAAGGAACUCACAUUUAGCCGUAUUAAACUUGGAAAUGAAGAAGAGCAUGGAAGAAAGAAGAAGAAAUUUUCCAAGCUGAAGAAACUUGAAAAGGCGAAAAGCCUAGAAGCAGCAAAGAUGGAUCCAGAAAAGGGUGAGAUCGUCUCAAAGAAGCAUGCGUGGAAAGCAGCUACGAGCAGAGCUGCUGGAAUCAAGAUUCACGAUGAUCCAAAACUAUUGAAACAGAGCAUUAAGAAGGAGAAAAAGAAGCAUCAGAAGAAUGUUGGGAAGUGGAAAGAAAGAGUUGAAACCACUGAGAAGUUGAAAGCAGAGAAACAGAAAAAGAGAUCACACAAUAUUUCUGAGAGGAUUCAGGAGAAGAAAAUGCGGCGGAUUGCAAAGAGGGAGAAAAAGCUCAUGCGGCCAGGAUUUGAAGGCCGCAAGGAAGGUUUCAUCAAUGCAAGUUCAAACUAAAGGUCCCAUUUUAUAUGUUUGUGUUGACCUCUUGGUUUUUGCCUAAUGGCCUCAUGUUGUUUCCUCAGCUUUCAAUUAAUGUCCUUAAGAAUUAUGACUCUUGAAAUGCUUCCAUCUUUUAUCCUUCUUCUUGCCAAUUAGUGUUUUAGCUGCCAUUGCAAAUCGACUUUGUAGAAGUUUUGGUA